AUGCGAGGGCUGUACCGGAGCGGAGCUGGGCCGUACGCGAGUGGAUGUGGGGUCCUCGGAAAGGCGGGCGGGUCCUACCCUGAGGCCCUGCUGCUUCACCCUUCCCUGCGGCGCUGCGGUGUGACCGCGGGUGUCUCGCCCUGGUCCUGCAUGGAGGCUGAGGAGAGGCGGCGUGUUAGGCCAGGCCCGGGUGCAGCUGGUGGCAUGACCUGUGACACUAAGGCCGUGAGCAGGGCACCCGUGUUUUGGAAUUCUUCUGAGAGCCACAAUUGUGCCAAAAGCAUCUUGACCUCAGACAGGCUGCAGAUAGUUGUGACCCUUUCGGAGUUCUUUAACGAAACCUGGGAGGCAGCCAACUGUGCAAAUUGUUUAAAGAACAACAGUGAGGGAUUAUCAAAUUCUACUGUAGAAUUCCUGGAUUUAUUCAAUAAAUCGCUGACAUGUUUUGAACGUAACCUUCAGGGACAAACCGUGUCUCUGUCACCAAGUAACUACACAGAAGUAUGUCAAAACUGCAACGAAACCUACAAAAUGCUGAGUGACCUAUAUAACAACUUGCAAAGGAUGAACAGGCAAGGCGGUGAGUCUGGGCACGCCGCACACUUGUGUAUCGACGUGGAAGAUGCAAUGAACAUCACUCGGAAGCUUUGGAGCAGGACUUUCAACUGCUCUGUUCCCUGCAGUGAUACAGUCCCAGUGAUUGCAGUUUCAUCCUUUAUUCUCUUCCUACCUAUUGUUUUUUAUCUUAGCAGCUUCCUUCACUCAAAGCAGAAGAAACGGAUACUCAUUUUGCCCAAGCGCAUCCAGUCAAAUGCCAGUCUUGUGAACAUCCAAGAAAAAUACAGCUGAGCUGCAAAACAAAACCUGAGAACUGCUGCUGGUAUACAGUGGGUACAAUUGUGUUGGAAUGAGGCCGGCACAAAAGAGGAGUUAAUUAUGGUUUAGUGUAAUGAUACAGAGCAACACAAGUUAAACAAAAUGCCGUCUGACUUCUAAGCGAGGAUAUUAACAAACAUGACAAGGCAGGGCUGUGUGACACUGUAUGGACUCUGGUUUUGAAAAAUCUGUGGGUUUUUUCAGUCUC